AUGCUGAUGAUUCUCUACCUGCGAAGGAGUUUGAGAAGGGGACUUUGUAGACAAGAAACAAUUUGCCAGUACUACAUGUCUAUCUUGAAAUGAUGUUCUGUCUCCCACAGUCAAAUCACCCGUCUGUACAGUCGUUUCACCAGCCUAGACAAAGGAGAGAAUGGCACUCUUAGCCGUGAAGACUUCCAGCGGAUUCCAGAGCUUGCCAUCAAUCCACUGGGAGACAGAAUCAUCAACGCCUUCUUUCCAGAAGGAGAGGACCAGGUGAAUUUCCGUGGAUUCAUGAGGACACUAGCCCAUUUCCGACCCAUAGAAGACAAUGAAAAGAGCAAAGACCAGAAUGGACCAGAACCACUAAACAGCCGAAGUAACAAGCUCCACUUUGCCUUUCGGUUAUAUGAUCUAGAUAAAGAUGACAAGAUUUCCAGGGAUGAGCUUCUUCAGGUAUUACGGAUGAUGGUUGGUGUAAACAUUUCAGAUGAGCAGCUGGGCAGCAUUGCUGACAGGACAAUCCAGGAAGCUGAUCAGGAUGGAGAUAGUGCCAUCUCUUUUGCCGAGUUUGUAAAGGUUUUGGAGAAGGUGGAUGUAGAGCAGAAAAUGAGCAUUCGAUUUCUUCACUGAUGGAUGGAGAACCUAUUCCUUUCUACCCCUUCUACAUAAUGAAUAGAACUUUGUUUUCUCCUUAGCACCUUCCCCCAGAGCAUUGCUACUGGUGCAUAUACAAUACAUCAACCCCUCCCUGAUUUGUUCUACCAAUGUGAACAUUCCCUGUGCGUCAGGAACAAAGGGAAAUGGCUGCCAUGCAACUUGGAAAGGAGUUGGGCUUUUUAAAAUAUUUUCCUUCUUUUUUUUUUUUACCCUUUCUCCAUUGUCUCCUUCUGCACUACUGUUUCAGCAAAAAUGUCUCUCCUUACGUACUGCUGUUUAAUCUACAAACUGAUUCUUCUGAGCUCUGAAUCUGAGAAUGGAAAAAUGGGAAUGUGCCACAGAAGCGCCCUCUGAAACACUUUGGAGACGAGCAUCUACUCAAAUGCUAGGUGCAGUGAUAAUGAUUCACUUUUGCUUCCAGUAGCAACACCACACUACAGCUGCCUUUUUUUUUUUCCUUUCCCAUUUACCUCUUUACAUGCAGAUUUGUUUCUUCCCUGCUUCCA